UCUGGGCGGAGGACGCAACGUGAACUUCCUCCUCCUGCCAGGGAAAACCCAGAGAAUGAAAGCCUACCUGAAGAGCGCAGAAGGCUUCUUUGUCCUGAACAAAAGCACCACCAUCGGCAAGCAUGUGGACUCAGACCUUGUCUUAAAGUCCACAGACAUCGACAACCACCACGCGCUCAUCGAAUACAACGACUCGGAGGGCAGCUUCGUCCUGCAGGACUUCAAUUCCCGCAGCGGCACGUUCGUCAACGAGUGUCACAUUCAGAACGUGGCCGUGAAGCUGAUCCCGGGAGACAUCCUGAGGUUUGGAACCGCAGGGCUCACCUAUGAACUGGUCAUCGAAAACCCCCCUCAGGUCUCAUACCCAUGGAUGCAGGGUCCGGCACCUUGGCCAAGACCACAGUGCCCUCGAGGCGCACAGCAGAUGAACCAGUGCUCGCCACCUAACUUGCCCUUCCACCAAGGCAUCCGACCAGCAGCUGUGCAGAGGAGCUGGUCCCAGGGAUUCCCCAGCGCCAUGGACCCGCAGGCCUCCCAUCAGCGGCCCAUGAGCACCAGCGGGAAGAUGUUCUCUUUUGUGGUGGACCACAAUUCCCCGGUCCUCAAGCAAGUGUGGGCCAGUGCCAUGGAACUGUCAGAAGAAACUGUGGCGGAGGGACUCUCGGGAGCAGCACCCCCCAUGGAGAUCUAUGUGGACCAGGACCUAGACCAGCAGGACAAGGAUGAGAUCAUUAUGCUGCUGGGGAGAGAGGUGAACCGGCUCUCAGAUUUCGAGAUCGAAUCCAAGUACAAAGACGCCGUGAUAAUGAACCUGCAGAGCGAAGUGGUCAACCUCAGUCACAGGCUGUCAGAGACUGCUGCCUCCAGGCACAGUGACAGGGGCAUCCCGAAGUUUCAGGGACUGCAUGAAGGCAUGGAUCCCAGGCAGAAAGAGAUGGAGAACUUAAAAAGCCAGGUUAGUGCCCUUCAGAAAGGCUACAGCCAGGUGUUGUGCCAGACCCUGACGGAACGGAACUCAGAAAUCGCAUCCCUGAAGAACGAGGGUGAGAAUUUGAAGAGGGAUCACGCCAUCACCUCCGAGAUGGUGACAUCUUUACAGAAAGACAUGGUAGCAAGGAACGAGCAGGUUCAGCAGCUGAAAGAGGAAGUGACUCAAUUGAAGACACAGAACAAGGAGAAGGAGCAACAGCUGGAAGCGCUGGGCUCCAGGUGCUCAGUGCUGAAAGAAGAGCUAAUGAAGGAAGAGGGCCACAAGGAGCACAGGGAGGCCCAGGAGAAAGAGUUAAAACUCUGCAAAAGCCACAUGCAAGACAUGGAGAAAGAAAUAAAGAAGCUCAGGGAGGAGCUGAGGAAGAGCUCUUUGGAGCAGAGCGCGGUCUGCAGGACUCUGCGAGAAAAGAGCAAGGUUGAAGAGAAACUUCAGGAAGAUUCCAGAAAGAAAUUGCUUCAACUACAAGAAAUGGGGAGCAGAGAGAGCCUCAUAAAAGUCAAUUUGGAAAGGGCAGUAGGUCAGCUCGAGCAUUUCAGAAGCCAGGUCGUCAAAGCCACCUUCGGACGAGCAAAGCCAUUCCAUGACAAGCCUGUCACCGACCAGCAGCUGAUAGAGAGAAUCGUCCAGGCCACUGAGGACAGCCUCAGCUUCCAGCAGAGGAAGUGGAGCCUGCAGAAGGAGACCCAGCUGAGAAGUUCUGAUCAUCAAGAGACUGUGGAGCAUGUGGAGAAGCUGAGGACACUGUUGGACAGCUGCCAGGCCUGCAUGAGAACGUCCUGCUGCAGCAGCAGCUUGAAGAGGGAGGUGGGACUCCUUCAGCAGCUCCAGGUGACCCCACCUGUGUCGGCGCUCCAGAAGGUGACGCUGGACAUCCUGAACCUGGCACUGUCCUGGCUGGAGGAAAUGGAGCAGCUACUCAGGGACCUCGGUGUCCAGCUGUCCAGCUCCGACAAAGGGUUCUCUUUGUAUCUGAUAUAUCUUCUGGAACAUUCCAAGAAAAUUAUGAGUCAGAACCAGGAACUCCAGAUCCAGGUGAAAACUUCUCAGGAAAAUCUGCACUCCUUGCUACAGAAAAAGCUUCAGGAGCAUCUGGACGAGAAGGAGAAGCUUAACAAGGAGAAGCUGGAGCAGGAGGAGAAGCAGAAAGCUAGAAUCAGGCAACUGCUGGAAGAGAAAGAGGCUUUGGAAGAAACUAUUGCUCAAGACAAAAACAGAGCGAAAGAGGCCUUAGAGAAAGAGCAGAUGAGAGCCCAGGAGCUGGAGAGUCGCUUGACCCACCAGAAGAAGGCUUUGGAGGAGAGCAUUGCUCAGGAGAAACAAAGGGCUCGGGAGGCCCUAGAGGAGGAACAGAGGCGAGUCCGCGAGCUGGAGAGUCACCUGGCCAGCCAGAAGGAGGUCUUGGAGAACAGUGUGGCUCAGGAGAAAAGAAGAGCCAAGGAAAUGUUAGAGAUGGAAAGGAGGAAGGUACAAGACCUGGAGAACCAGCUGACCCAACAGAAGGAGAUCUCAGAGAACAGCAUCGUCUACGAGAGACACAAAAUGAAGGACACCUUGGAGAAGGAGAAGAGGAAAGUGCAGGACUUGGAGAACUGCCUGACCAAGCAGAAAGAGGAAAUAGAAUUAAAAGAGCAAAAAGAGGACAUUUUAAAUAAUAAAUUAAAUGGUGUUCUGGCCAUAGUAGAAGAAACUCGGCAAAAGAACCUGACUGAAAGUCUAAAAGCAGAGAGCCUUGCCCUGAAAUUAAGUGAAACCUUAGCUGAGCUGGAAACUGCCAAGACGAAAAUGAUCAUGAUGGAAGACCGGAUGAGGCUGCAGCAGCAGGCGGUGAAGACCCUGCAGGACGAACGCGAAUCCCAGCAGCUCAGCUUCGAAGAGGAAGUCAUGGAGUAUAAGGAGCAAAUCAAACAGCAUUCUCUGACGAUCUUGAGUCUGGAGGAAAGACUCCACCAUGUGACUGAGCACCAGAAAAAAAUAGAAGGAGAGAUCACGACCCUGAAGGACAAUGACCCAGCUCAAAAGGAGGAAACACCCCAAAAGCCCCCAGCGGAACCUCUGUCUGAAAGCAGUGCCAAAGAGAUGGCGUGCGACCACCUGAUAGACGACCUCCUGGCUGCUCAGAAGGAAAUCCUGUCUCAGCAGGAGGUUAUCAUGAGGCUGAGGACAGACCUCCAUGAGGCCCACGGCAAGAUGUCAGACCUCAGAGGGGAGCUCAGUGAGAAGCAGAAGGUGGAGCUGGAGCGACAAGUGGCCCUGGUGCAGAAGCAGAGCGGAGAGCUGAGCAGGCUCAAGGUCAAGGCGGCGCAGCUGAGCGGCCUGGUGGAGAAGAAGGACCGGGAGCUGAAGGUCCUCAGGGAGGCGCUCAGGGCUCCCUCCGAGAAACACAGAGAAGCCCAGCUGAGCUUGGAGAAGCAGCAUAAGCCCGGGGAUACAACCCAGAAGUGCGACAGCUCGGUGCAGAUUGAGCCAGUCCAUCCAGAUGCUUUCUCCAGCAGCCAAGAGGAGCAGGCCUUCAGCGACUUGGGGGCCAAGUGCAAAGGAUGCCGACACGAGGAAGUCAUCCAGCGACAGAGAAAGGCCUUGUCAGAACUCCGCAUCAGAAUCAAAGAACUGGAGAAGACCAGCUCUUCCAAUCGUAAGGACCACGUGAGUGAAUCACUGCUAGAAUUAAAGGCCCUCAGAAUGGAAAAAAACGUCCAGAAAAUAUUGGACGCAAAGCCCGACUUGUCGACUCUCUCGGGAUUAGAGAUCCAAUUGCCUCAGAAUGGCCUUUUCAACUCAGAGUCCACGGAGAAGUCAGGGAAAAUGGACACGGCCGAUGCCUUAGAGCUCAGCGAAAAGCUGUACAUGGACAUGAGCAGAACGCUUGGGAGCCUGAUGAACAUCAAGGACAUGUCAGGCCAUGUGUCCAUGAAGCACUUGUCCCCCAAAGAGAGGGAGAAAGUCAACCACCUCCGUCAAAGGGACCUUGACCUGGUGUUCGAUAAGAUCUCCCAACUUAAGACCCGGCUGCAGAGGAAGGAAGAGCUCCUGAAAGAAUAUGAGCGUGACCUAGAUCAGCUCAGGCAGAGCAAAGUGUCCGUCCAGAUGUACCAGUCCCAGGUCGCGAAGCUGGAGGACGACAUCUACAAAGAGGCCGAGGAAAAGGCGCUGCUGAAGGAGGCCCUGGAGCGCACGGAGCACCAGCUGCACCAGGAGAAGAGGCUCAACAGGGUGUUCAGACAGAAGGAGCGAUUAGAGGAGGCAAAAGAGCGGAGAAAUGCCAAGGAGUCGACAUCUUGCAACUGUACCUUCAAAGAGAACGAGAGGCAGAGACACUUGUUUGUGGAAAUGGUGAAGAACAAGAUCCAGAACCCAAAUUUGCAGGUUGAAGCCAAGAAAGCCACGCAGAAGAUGGGCCAAGAAAGAGAGCCAAACAAAGAGACAUGUGGCAAAUCGAGCCAGAGCGUUUUGUUUUCUAAACCUGGUGGAAAGAACUAGAAAAAUAUCAUUGCGUAGAUCUCACCUAAUCCAGGUCAAAAUACUGAGACAC